GUAUUGAAGUUGCAUCUUUUUGAGCUUCUCAACUAUGUAACUGAUACCAAAAUUUUCUCACUUCUGCCUCCGUCACAUUCUAUGCAGACCCUCCGAACCAAACCUGAGAGAAAGGGUAAACAAUCUGGAGGUGAUACUUCUUUGUCUGAAGUGAUACUGUUUGGACAAUUUCCUAGUAUUUCACUUUAGUGUGUCAUUCAUUUCUACUCCUUCAUUUCAUUCAGCAAACACAGUAAUGGCUCAACAGGAAGAAGGGUGGCCUUUGGGAUUGAGAUUCUUGAACUCGAGAAUUGAGCUGAUGAGAAAUGGUUCCGGGUCAGCCUCCUUCAGCACUGUGCUCACUGCUUCUCACACCCCUUCGACUGAUUCUUCCUCAGAUCUUGACACCGAGUCCACUGGAUCAUUCUUCCGUGACAACAGCAUUACACUUGGCAGCCUCAUUGGUAUCUCUAGCUUCUUAGAACUCUCAAGGAGAUCAACCAGGGGAAGAAUGAUGGAACCCUCCAAGGACAACAAAAGGAUUCACAAGCUGAAGCCUUGGUUGUUUUCACUUUGUUCAAGGCUAAGUACUGAUGCAGUGAUUGGGAAUGAUGCACCCUCUCUUGGCCACUACCUUGAAGCUGAGAGAAGAGCUGCAAGUACUUACAGAAGGAACCAAUGUCCUACCACCUAUGGACCCAAUGGUUUCUCCCCUAUUCAAGACUCAACCUCACUAUUAGUGCGGAGUCAAAUUGAUCAUUGGCCAUCUGCUUCACUGGGUGGUGAACAUGAUCUUAACAGAGAAAUGGAAGAGUGACGAAUAAGGAACACCAAUAGUUUUCUCUUGUUUGUGUGGAUAACUCAACAUGUGAUGAUCCCUUGUUAUUGAUUUAUAUUUCAUUCAGAGGUCAUGAGUUCUUUAUCCGUUUCAGGAGAUUCUCCUGUGUGGUAAUUAAAUUUCAAGGCAUUAGGAUGUUAUAUUCUGUACUCCAUUCUGGCCCACAUAGCCAGCUGUUCAUUAUGAUAGUAAUAAAAUAAUAAAUACGUGCUGCACCCCAUAAAUUUGAACUA